AUACCUAGUUGCGUUUCUUAAAAAAAUUAAUUAUAAUAAUAUUCAAUUUGACAGUUGUCGCACGUGGAACAAUAUAAAUAGAUAUCUUUAUAAAGACCAAAAAAUGAUUUCAAUUACUCCAAUUAAUAUAUGUUCGUAAUAGGAAUAAGAGUAAAUAGUUGCGUUUCUUAAAAAUACUAAUUAACAUUUGAUGUGACAGUUGUCCAACGUUCGACCACGUGGUGGAACAAUAAGCGGUUACAUAUUUUUUCCUAAACUUCACCAAUUCAUCCUAGUGUCACAAUGAAUCCCACACAGCACAAAACUCAACAGAAAUGUUGCAGAAACGUUUCAAAGUUUCAAGUAACACUGAAACGUCAUUAUAACAUCUAAGAAACAUAACAUAGAAAGAGUUAACAUUUAUGCAAUCUUUCAUAAACAUAUUUGUGCCAAACUAGUGGAACAAACAGUUUCACGUAUUUAAGACAUAUAUGAAACAUUUUUGAAUAAAUUUUGCGGUCUCUGAAAUGUUUUGCGCUGCGUGGGAUGUAAUGAGAAAAAUCUCAUGUAUGAAUCCUCGCCGAUGAAGAGGACAGAGGUACUCGACGCAUGGGCGAAGGACGACGCGCGACGCCUAAAUACUUGCGUCGUGGCGACUCGCUCCGCGCGUAGGAGCGACAGAGGCGGCCACAUGCAUAUAGAGAAAGAGAGAGAGAGAGACAGGGGCACGUACUGGGGAGGUUGAAUAUCGCGGCGAUCUCCAUCCAGACGCGAUUGGUGACCUCGCGAUUGUGAUAGGAGAUGUGCCUCUGAUUCCAGAGGGCCGGGCGUUUGUAGACCUCGGCGAUCAGCCGGUUCGCGUCCAUCUUCACCUCGUCCCUCAUCGCCCGCUGCCGCGCACGACGACCCUCAAUAGCGGACCUGAUGAUGACGAUGAUGACGAGAUAUAGCUCGCACGGCGGCGACGAAUCGCGACGACCAGCGGGAACAAACAAACAAUGCAAGACUUGGAACUGAUAGCGCAAGGCGCGGAGGCGCGCCUCUACAAGGGCCUCUACUUGGGAAGGAUGAGCCUGGUGAAGGAGAGGUUCGUUAAGAAUUAUCGACAUCCGGAGCUGGACGCGCGUCUCACCAAGGAUCGCAUCAGGGCCGAGGCUCGCGCCAUUAUUCGGGCGAAGUCCGCAGGUGUAGCAACGCCAGCCCUGUACCUGGUGGACAUAGAACGGCGCAGUAUCUACAUGGAGUACGUGGAGGAUGCUACGGUACUCAAGGAUUUCAUAGACGAGAAUAUUUCCGAAAAGCCGGACGUGGAUCAUCUAAUAGAGUUUAUAGGAUGCGGAUUAGGGUCGCUCAUAGCUAGGCUACAUUCCAGACACAUGAUCCACGGUGAUCUGACUACGUCGAAUAUACUGGUCAAGAAUGACUCCGAGUCGUCCAGCAGCGACCAAUCUGAAGCCGAGACUCGAUUUGUAAUGAUAGACUUCGGACUGGCCCGACUGGAUUCCACGGUGGAAGAUAAAGCGGUUGAUUUGUACGUUCUCGAACGAUCCCUGUUAAGCGCGCAUUCCGAAGUGCCGACGUUGUUCUCCCGUAUUUUUCAUCACUAUCAACGGCAGUAUCAGAGCAAAAAUCAAUGCGAGCAAGUGGUCGCCAAGUAUAAGCAAGUGCAGGCGCGAGGACGUAAACGCUUGAUGAUUGGCUGAAAGAGAAGGUGGUGUCUUCGAAGACUGUUAAUCCUCUUCAUGAUUCCAGAGUACGCGAGGGUGUAUGAAUAAAUUUAUUUUUGUUACGCAACACGUAAUCCACCCAAAUCAAAUUCAGCCAAAUAGCCUGGACUUUGUACGUUGAUAGAUGUAAACUGUAUGUUUUAAUUGCAAUUUGAUUGAUUGGUAUCGUAGAAUGAAAAUACACUGCGUGAGAAGGUAAGAAGAUCUUUAUACAGGUGAAUAUAUUGUAUAUGUAACAGUAUGUAACAGUAUGCAAGAAUUCAGUAUGUAACGAUACCUAUUACAAGGAUAUGACUAUUGCGUAAUAAAUUUGGCAGCAGCAAUGAUUUAUAUGAAAAACUAUUGCUCUUUAUGUAUCCACCAUUUAUAAUGUAAAUCAGUCAAAAUGCAAUCCGGAAUAUAUAAUAAUCCAAGUCACCUAUCAACAAAUAAGUAUAUCAUAUCAUGUACAUACGUAUGUUAAUGUAGAAUAAAUGAAAUUGCUAUGCGAUUUAGAUUUACCAAAAAA